CCAAGCAGUCUGUCCGUGUGGCAGUCUUUCCGCCCUGAAGAAAAGUGUUUUACAUAUAUGACUGCAGGUCGGAUACCCAUGUUUCGCAGAAGGUGACCUGUAGGCCAUGACCUUGGCCAUGUCAACUUGUUCUUUUCUACAUCCAGGUUUGGGCGAGGUUGGUUUGAGACUAUAAAAUGGGUGCAUUGCCACUGCGAUGCUCAAAUCUCGUUCAACGUCGACGGCAGCACCUUCACAACUCAAUUUGGUAUGAAUUCUCUCCAUCAGACCUGGCCGACAAAGCUGUAACAAUCGUUAUCCUCUGGCAAAGUUCUGAUCCUUACACUUCACGCUCAAUGAUGCCUUGCUUGUGUUGCAAUUGUUGUCAAAUUGUCUGCAUGUGUCUUCUGUUUGUUUGCGCCACCUGCCGGGCUCCACCCAAUCACAGCGAUGUGCAAAGAGACACAGAAAACAUGGCCGCAGUACUUGGAUCUGGAGACGAUCAAAUGAGGCAGGACAAAAUAAUUGGUAUGACUGGACAGGAGUGGCUGACGAUAGCGCCAACAGACACCGGCGAAACGGUUGUCGGGACGGCCACAGGACGAUGCGGUACCACGAGGAUCGUUGACGGUAAUGUUGCGGAGGAUCACUGGCCCUGGCAAGCCGAGCUUUUCGUCAAAAAGACGGGCCGCCACCUCUGCGGUGGCACACUGGUUGACAGAGACCACGUCCUGACUGCAGCUCAUUGCUUCGACUCAUAUGACAUUGCUGAGGUCAUGGUCCGCCUUGGUAGUCGUAGCCGUACUCUCCCAGAGUCGAGUGCGCAGACGUAUCCUAUUGCGUGCUCACACGUGCACAAGAAGUACAGACAAGGAGCCAACUACGACUACGACAUAUCACUCCUGAGGCUCAAGACGGCUGCAACGGAGUCUAUCUCUGCCCGAGGCGUUUUUUUCAACAAGCACGUGGCACCAGCGUGUUUGCCACAACGGCGUGAAUUUGGCGCGGGCACGACAUGCGUGGUCACUGGCUGGGGUUACACAAGUUUCCAAAGUCUUCUCCUCGGAAGACUUCCCUCUGAGCUGAGAGAAGCAAGGGUGCCUCUGCUCAGUACAAAAACGUGUCGCGAUGCGUACGGUUUCACCCUCACAGGCAGAAUGAUAUGCGCCGGCUACAUGGGAGGCGAACGACGUCCAGACACGUGCAAAGGCGACAGCGGGGGUCCACUCGUCUGCCAAUCAGUGGACGGGAGAUGGAAACUCUGGGGCGUGACGUCAUGGGGCAGUAAUCAGUUCUGUAGCCAAUCACCCACCGAUCCUGCGCCGGGCGUUUACACGAGGGUCGACAAGUUUGUGAACUGGAUCGACAAAAAGAUAACUGGAAGAUGUGCAGUUUAACCAUCAAGACUUCAUUUAAAUUAGGAUUAUUUAUUGCAUAAACUUCUUUUAAGCAAGCAGUGUGUCAGUGGCACUUAUUUAUUUAUACUAUAUUAAAUAUUUUAAAGACUUACGUCUGAUUUCUUUUUACCAAGGACAUCCUAGAUCGCGUGCAUUAGACGUAUGCGGUUUCCAUAGGCAAAGGUAUGCCACCUGGUUAAAAAUUACGCCAAAGAACUUUAAAGAAUUAUGUAUGGAGGGAUCCCAAUACGAAGCUUUUAGCAUCUAUCUGCGCACUUCCACGUUUGAGAACGAGGUUGUAUGUGUCAGCUU